UCUUAACCAUUGCGCCACUCGGCCAGCCCGACAUUGCAUUCUUGAUUUUCCUUCUACUUCAUUGGUUGCUCCUUUUCAGUCCUUCCUCCUUUUCUUUCUGAUCUCAUAUUGUUUACGUGCUCCAGGGCUCAAUCUUUGGUUUUCUUUUUUGCCUCUGUCUACAGGUCCUCUUGAUGAUAUCAAGUCUUAAUGACUUUAAAUACCAUCUAUAGACCGAGGACUACCAAAUUCAUAUUCCUCUUCUCCUCUCUUUCUAAACUCCAGACACACAUAUCCAAUUCUCUAUCUCUAUACCUCCAUUUGUUUACUUAAAGUUAUUCAAACUUAAAUGUCACAAACUGAACUUCUUUCCCCCCAAAAUUGUCCCAUUCUUUCUCAUCUCAGUUGGUGGUAACUCUAUAUAGCCAGUUGCUAAAAGUUAAAUAUUUGGAGUCAUCCUUGACUCUUUUCCUCAUAUUCCAUCAAAUCCACCAGCAAAUCUUAUUGACUCUAUAAACUAUAUCUAGAAUUUGACCAUUUCCUACUAUUUCUGCUUUUAGUACACUGAUCAUCUUUCUUGAAUUACGGUAAUUAUGUUCUAGCUGGUCUCCCUGCUUUCUUCAAGCCUUGCCUCACGACAGUCUAUUCUCAGAUACUUAAAAAAUGUGCUAUUAGAUAAUUGAGGUUAAGAGAAUGAAAUGAUUUGCUGAAGUCCACACAACCAGUGAAUGACAGGGAGGAUUCACCCUGAAGUCUGUCUGAAUCCAAAGCUUGACACAGGUGAACAGCAUGAAGAAAAAAGUAAGCAGAAUCUGUCUUGCAUCUGAACCUGAUAUAAUUCAUUUCCUACAAGUCACUUGGGAGAAAACACUAGGAUCUGGUUUUGUUAUUACACUGACUGAUGGUCAGUCAGCAUGGACUGGGACAGUUUGUGAAUCAGCGAUUUCCCAAGAAGCUGAUGACAUGGCAAUGGAAAAAGAGAAAUAUGUUGAUGAGCUGAGCAAAGCAUUGGUGUCAGGAGCAGGACCGGCUGAUGCAUACAAGUUUAAUUUUUCUAAAGAGUCUUGUCAUUUCUCCUUUGAGAAAAUCCUGAAAGAUGUUUCAUUCAGACUUGGUUCCUUCAACCUAGAGAAAGUUGCAAGCCCAGCUGAGGUCAUUAGAGAGCUUAUUUGUGACUGCUUGGACACCAUCACAGAAAACCAAGCCAACAAUGAGCACCUGCGGAAAGAAAAUGAAAGGCUUCUGAGAGAUUGGAAUGAUGUUCAAGGACGAUUUGAAAAAUGUGUGAGUGCUAAGGAAACUGUGGAGACUGAUCUUUAUAAACGAUUUAUUCUGGUGCUGAAUGAGAAGAAAGCAAAAAUCAGAAGCUUACAAAAAUCAUUAAGUGAAGUUCAAGAACUAGAAAAGAACAUCAAGCAUGAAAGAGAAACUCCCACAUGUUCUGAAAUGACUGCCGACAGAGAUGCAAUCUACAAUGAAAGUACUGAUGAGGAAUGUGAAAACCUGCCGGAACCCCCUGGGUCAGCUCCAGCUACUUUAAGAAGAGAUGAUUCCAUUAUUUCAAGUCCUGAUGUCACUGAUAUUGCACCAAGUAGAAAGAGGAGGCAGCGGAUGCAAAAAAACCUUGGGACAGAACCUAAAAUGAUUUCACAGGAAUCUCAGCUUCAAGAAAAGGAAAAGCUUGAUCCUCCAGUACCUGAGAUGUUGAAAAAGGAGCACAGCUCAACUGAAAACAUGUCUUUAGAAACUCUAAGAAACACUAGUUCAGAAGACCUCUUUGAUGAGAUUUAACUGUCUCAAAAAAGUACUUUGAUGUUCACUAGACUAUGUUUUCUAUUCAUUUCUUUAAACUGGAAAAAGCAAAAUUUCAGUUCAGCAGCGGCUAUUACUACAUCUUACAAUUUAAUUACAUACACACUGAGUUGAAACUAUUGUGCAAAAUGGAUUACACGUGUAUAUGAUGAUAUGAUUUGAUGACAGUGGUACAUUAUUCUAAACUAUUCAUUCAGCAUGUCUAUAAUUACAUAAAAUCUCACUUUUUGUUGCAAAGGACACAUUUAUCUUAUUCAAUUCACACAUAUUAUGUGUGGUAGCUGUCUAACAUCCUGUCUGGGAAGAUUUUGGAAAUAUGACAAAGAAAAUGUCUACAGUUCUUUUUUGAAUAGUCAUAUUCAGAACAAUUAUGCCUAAGCAUUUUAACUUGUGGGAUGAUGUUUAAAAUCUAUUUUUAGUUUGUACACAAACAACCUGAAAAUCUGAGGAUACAAUUUCUAAUGUAUUGAAGCUUUUGUAUUCUUAAUAAAAUAUGUUACUUAACUUAAUUCUUUCCUUUACUAUCAUAACAGGUCUUCAUAGAGUGCUUACGCAUGUAAAUGUAACCCCUUUUGUAUUUUUUUGUAAAAGGCAUGCUUUUCAGAGAUUACUUUUAAAAUAUUUGUUUUACAUGCCCAAGGACAGACCCUCUUUGAAGACAAGGACCUUGUCAUACUCACUUAUGUCAUAUUCACUUCAAUGAUGUCUGGCCCUUUUUUUUUUUUAAUAUUCACUGGUUCUACUUCCCAACCUCUCAUUUCAUCUUCCUUCUCUCCAGAUGGACACCCAAUCCCACCAUGCUACUCAAAUUUAAGAAUGACCACCAUGUUGCUAAAUUCAAAAAUUGGUCCAUUCUCAACCUUCAUCUCUCUAAGCCUCUCAGCAACAUUUGAUAGCCAAUCACUUCUUCUCAGUAAACAUUUUCUUCACUUGACUUUUGCAAUAAUAUAUGCUGUUUGUAUUCCUCUUUCUUUCCGGCCACUUGUUUUUUAGACUUUUUAGCUGAGUUCUCCUUCUUGCUCAACAGUUAAAUGUUUGAGUACCGUAGGCUUAAUCUUCAGCCUUCUUUUCAUUACCUACAUUAUCCCCCUAGGUCAUCUGUGGUUUUAAGUACCAUCUAUAUGGUAAUACAUAUCUCCAGAAUUAGAAUAUUAUAAUAGUUCUCCUUCUAUAGUC